AUGGCGUGUCUGGGCGUAUACGUUCUCACUUUAAAUUGCUCUCGGAAUGUGAUCCAGCACGACACACUCGCAUCCCAUCUCUUCGACGCCCUCCCCGAAUCAGGGUCUCAGUCCACGGACCUACCUGAGAUUCUAGUGUUAUCGCUGCAGGAAAUUGCACCUAUUGCCUAUGCCUUUCUUGGAGGUUCAUUCUUAGAUCCGUACUUCGAUGCCUUUCGUCGUUCCGUGAGCAUUGCAGCCCGGGACCAGCACUACGCGAAUGUCGUAACAAAAAAUGUCGGAAUGACAGCAGUAAUGGUUUUUGUGCGCGGGGAUGUCGCUGAGAACAUUGCCUGGGUCGAGACUGCAGAAGUUGGAGUUGGGGUACAUGAAGCUGGGAAUAAAGGAGCUGCCGGGGUACGGAUUGGCUACCAUAUUAGAGACGGCACGGUUGACUUGACUUUUGUUGCUGCGCAUCUUGCUCCGGACGAGUGGGCCGUAGCGAGAAGGAAUGAAGACUGGAAGAACAUUGUCCAAAAACUCGUAUUUUCGAGGGUGAAAAUUGAAGGGGAGAAUACGCCUAUCCACGAUGAACGGAAUGAAGAGGAUGUCCCACUUCUCCAAAAUGAAUCAUCUGAUACAAAUGGAGAUAUUGGUCUAUAUUCACCCAGAUCGUACCUUUUUGUCGCUGGAGACUUUAAUUAUCGGACAUCGUUAACUCGCCCAGGGCCAAAUGACUACAGGAAGUUCCCGCGACCGACGGAAGAUAUCAGCAGUCCUCAUCACUACUCGCAUUUAUUAGCGAAAGAUCAAUUAACCCAAGAACUCCAGGAACAAAGGACGCUACAGCAUUUAUCUGAAGCGCCCAUCAAAUUUUUGCCCACGUAUAAAUUUUCCUCUCCAACCCAUCAGCCAGCCCCUGGAGGAUUAUUUGAAACAUGGACAUGGGCGAAGAAUCGCUGGCCGAGUUGGUGCGAUCGAGUACUCUAUCAAGACGUCCCGCCAUCCACAUCGGCGGGACAGGGUGGCAUUGAAGUCCAUCGAUACGAUGCUUUACCGAUAAUUCCAACAUCAGACCACCGCCCUGUUGCACUUUCUGUCUCUGUCCCGCUCAGGCCUGCGUCGACUCCCGCGGUCUUCUUGCCUCCGUUUGAAAUUGAUCCUAACUGGGAAAGCAAAAGGCGCAUUGCAAGACGCAAAGAGGUUGUUGUAGGUGUAGCAGCCUACCUAGCCCUCACACGUGAAGGCAAUGUACUACUUCUGAGCACUGCUCUCGUUUUAACCCUGGUCUACUUCGCCCUGCAGUCAUUUCGUGCAGGAUGA